AUGGCCCGCCUUGGUUUCCUUGGACUCAGACGAGCGCUCGGCGUGAGGAGCUGUGCCAGCGAGGCGCGGAUCGUCGCCGAGCAAGUUGGUCCGAGCAGCGAAAAGCAGCGGCUGAAGGUGGUCGUGGCUGUUGGUGGCAAUGCACUCAUUCGAAGAGGUGAGCGGUUGACGAUUGAGAACCAAUUGAAGGCUGCUCGCAAUGAUGCAGCGCCAAUGUUGAAGAAGCUGAUGGCGGAUCAUUCGGUUGUCCUCACACACGGGAACGGGCCGCAGGUGGGAGAGCUGGCACUCGAAAGAUCAGCAGCUACCUUUGACGUGCUCGGUGCUGAAUCCCAGGGCCAGAUUGGCUAUAUCUUCUCACAGGCCAUGGCAGGUGUAGGCGUAUCGUCAGCUUGCCUUGUGACUCAAGUGGUUGUUGAUCCCACAGACGCGGCCUUCCAAAAUCCAACGAAGUUCGUAGGUCCUGUGUACGGAGCAAAGGAGGCUGAUGCGCUCCACCAGAGCUUGGGAUGGACCAUGAAGCCUGAUGGCGAAUACUUCCGCCGUGUCGUGUCAUCACCAGUACCACUGGAGAUCAUGCAGAUCGAGUCGAUCAAGCUACUUCUCGCAGCACAAACACCUCAAGGGCCGUUGCCCAUCGCUUGCGGUGGCGGCGGCGUCCCUGUCGUGCGGAUGGGCACAGCAUAUGCGAACAUCCCUUCUCAUGCUCUUGAGGGAAUGGAAGCGGUCAUUGACAAGGAUCGAUGUGGUGCCCUGCUUGCACAGCAGCUGGACGCAGACGCCUUCCUCAUCUUAACGGAUGGCGGAGGGAUUUGGAGAAACUUCGGAAAGCCCGAUGCCAAGGAGAUGAAGGAAGCUUCGAUCGCCUACUUAGAGGGCACCAAGGCAGGUUCAAAAUUCCCUGGUUCAAUGGGCCCAAAAGUCGCAGCUGCCAUUGAAUUCGUGAAGAAUUCUCCAAACCCCGAUGCAUUUGCUGCGAUCGGAGAUUUGAAUGAUGCUCAUGCUAUCUUUGACAACGAAGCGGGCACCAUCAUCAAAAAGACUGUGCCUGGAGAUGUUGUAUGGUAUGAUAGGUCAGAGGAAGGCAAAGGUACCAAGGUGGAUCGAGUUCCGCGCAACCCUUGA